AUGCUGGAUCACCGAGCCAGGAUGGAGAGCAGCAGGAAGGAGAAGGUGGAGCAGAUCCUGUCAGAGUUCCGUCUGAAGGAGGAGGACCUAAAGAAGGUGAUGUGCAGGAUGCAGAAGGAGAUGGACCGAGGGCUCAAGCUGGAGACACAUGAGGAAGCCUCUGUCAAAAUGCUGCCCACCUAUGUCCGCUCUACCCCUGAGGGCUCUGAGGUGGGAGAUUUCCUGUCACUGGACCUGGGUGGCACCAAUUUCCGUGUGAUGCUGGUGAAGGUGGGCGAGGGGGAGGAGGGGCAGUGGAAGGUGAAGACGAAGCACCAGAUGUAUUCCAUCCCAGAGGAUGCCAUGACUGGGACAGCUGAGAUGCUCUUUGACUACAUCUCCGAGUGCAUCUCUGAUUUCCUGGACAAGCACCAGAUGAAGCACAAAAAGCUGCCCCUGGGCUUCACCUUCUCCUUCCCUGUGCGGCAUGAGGACAUCGAUAAGGGCAUCCUCCUGAACUGGACCAAGGGCUUCAAAGCCUCCGGCGCGGAAGGGAACAACGUGGUGGGGCUGCUGAGGGAUGCCAUCAAACGGCGAGGGGACUUCGAGAUGGAUGUGGUUGCGAUGGUGAAUGACACAGUGGCCACGAUGAUCUCCUGCUACUAUGAAGAUCACCGGUGUGAGGUUGGGAUGAUUGUGGGGACAGGCUGCAACGCCUGCUACAUGGAGGAGAUGCACAACGUGGAGCUGGUGGAGGGCGACGAGGGGCGGAUGUGCGUCAACACGGAGUGGGGGGCCUUUGGUGCCUCCGGGGAGCUGGACGAGUUCCUCCUGGAGUACGACCGCGUGGUGGACGAGACCUCACUUAACCCCGGUCAGCAACUGUACGAGAAGAUCAUUGGGGGGAAGUACAUGGGGGAGAUCGUGCGGCUGGUGCUGCUGAAGCUGGUGGAUGAGAACCUGCUCUUCAAUGGAGAGGCCUCUGAGAAGCUCAAGACUCGUGGGACCUUUGAGACCCGCUUCAUGUCCCAGAUUGAGAGUGAUUCUGAUGACCGCAAGCAGAUCUACAACAUCUUGUCAGCCUUUGAGCUGCUGCCGUCUCGGACGGACUGUGAGAUUGUGCGCCGGGUGUGUGAGAGCGUGUCCACACGGGCCGCCCAGAUGUGCUCGGCCGGGUUGGCCGGUGUCAUCAACCGCAUGCGUGAGAGCCGCAGCCAGGACACCCUCAAGAUCACUGUUGGUGUUGACGGCUCUGUCUACAAGCUUCAUCCCAGUUUCAAGGACCAUUUCCAUGCCACAGUGCGGCAGCUGACGCCUGGCUGUGACAUCACCUUCAUCCAGUCAGAGGAAGGCAGUGGGCGCGGGGCCGCCCUCAUCUCAGCCGUGGCCUGCAAGAUGGCCUGCAUGAUGGGCCAGUGA